UUCUGUUGGGUUUGACAGGGCAAAGAAACUUCUUCCAAAUUCUAAAAUGGUAAAAACCAGUGAUAGAAAUCAUAUAAUCAUAAAUAUCACCAAAAAGCUGUACAGCCUAAAACCAAAGCAAAAGGAGUUGACGCCAAUGGUAAUAAAUGCAAUUACCAAGAAUUAUUCCUACAUGUUGGCACAAAACCAAGGCAGUCCAGAAAAAAUUGAAAAAGGAGUAAGAGGGAUGAUUGACCAUAUGUAUGGGAAACACCAAACCUGUGAUAUGAAAUGGUGUGGUUAUCUAAAAGACAGAACAUCAUACAGGCACACAAACUUACCCUUUGGAAAGGACUUGACAUCUGAAAGCCUCAAAGCUGAUCUAGAGAAAUUGUUUCUGGGAAAAAUUGAAAGCCAAUCAAAGAAACUGUCAAAACUUGCUAGUUCCCAAGCAAAUGAAAGCUUUAACCAUACGGUCUCAACCAAAGCAGCAAAAAAUAAGCAUUAUUCUGGUUCCUCAAGUUUAAAUUAUCGUGUCAGUGCAGCAGUCUUACAAAAAAAUGAGGGAUAUGGUUAUGUGUCAAAGGUUAGUGAAGCAGCUGGAUUGUCACCUGGGAAUGAGACUAUCAAGAGGGCUAUACGAUUGAAUAGAAAGAGGAAUAAAAAAUCUGAAAGAGCCAAAACAAAGCAGCACAAAAAAAGAAGAAUCAAUCUAAAAAAAGAAAGAUCAGGAAAAAGUACCGGUGUUGAAAUAAGAGAAGGAAGAACUUAUGAAAGUGAAAUAGGAAUGAACAAUGAGAAGUUAGAUGAAGAAAUCCCUGCUCCAAUGAAUGCAUCUUUAUGUAUACCGAUAGAUAUUUCUACAGCUCCACUGGUAGUCUUUGAUUUAGAAACUACAAGCCUAUCUUAA